GUGGAGGUGUCGUGCGGGGCCGGCGGUGCGCUGCGUGUACGCCCCGCUGCUGAGAGCGAGUGGCUUACAUGCGGUGCGGGCAGCCGUGUGUCUGCAUGUGGGAAGUACGCAGACCUCUGCCGCCAGCGUACCGCAAGGGUAAAUGAUUACGCAGCGACAACAACGAGAACUGCAAUCAUUGCUACUACUGUUAAUGGACAGCCAAAGGCAGUGAUGGCUCUUUUUAAUAGUAAAACCGCCUGGGGUGAUUAUUUGUGGGACCUUCCUUCUGGAAGUGGUACCGAUUCACGUCAGUCAAGUGGUGGUAGUGAAAACGGUAAUGGUCAACAGGGAGGACCGGGAAAGCAAGUAACAAACCAAAAACUGGAAGGAGGACCAGGCGCACCUGCAGGCCCUGGUCCGGAGUCUAUAGGCCCUGGGGAUGGCGAAGGUGCAGAAGAACACGCCGAAGUCAAUCAUUCAAAUACAACAGAUGGUGUUCAAUUGAAGACGAAAGGGCAAACUGAUGAUCGAACUUCAGAUGACCUUCUUAAAGAAGGUAAACAUGUUGUGCCUAUACCAAGUACGGCAAAUAAUUCAUCAUUCUCUCACUCCGAACGUGAAACUUCUUCUUCUUCAACCAAAAUAACUACUCCCGCACAAGACGUGCCUGCUCCCAGCGUAACAACAACAGCAACAGUUACCAGCACACAGAAUGCCGGUGAAGGAGCAGCAGAAGAAGAAUCUACUGCAAAAGGGAGUGAACCCUCUGUGACCACACCGUCUGCUAAUACUAAUACUGUCUCCUCUGAGUCUCAUGGUCAAACGAGAGAAAGUGAACCCAGUGAUGCUACGGAACAGUCUUCUUCUUCAAGCACGAACACUGUCACUGAAGCAGCAAACCCCACUCCAUCUCCUGCACCCAACGCAGAGAUCAACAACAUCGCAUCCACUAUGCAGAAUAACAAGGCUAAUGUUGACAGCAGUGUCAGUCCUGUGUGGAUGCGCACUGCAGCACCGCUGCUGAUUGUGGUUGUGUUGUUCUCCGCUACCCUGUACUGA